CCAGCAGAAGAAGUUUGCAACGCCUGCCGUCGUAAACAACGUCAAGAUGUCUGAACAAGCUGCUUAUGGCUUAGCCUGAAAGCUAACCGCUGAGUUUUAUUUUUUGUUUACUUUUCGUUUCGUUUGGCGUCUUGACUUUUAUGCUAGAUGGGGACCAAGAGCCUGCCAUGAAACUCCGGGUGCAGAAUGACAGGAGUGAUUCCAGAAGAGCACUAAAACUGAGGGAGACUCCUAGAGUAAUGCAGCCUAAUUCAAGUGAACGUGAUGAUCAAGCAGGAAAUGGUUUAUCCCUGACUCUGCAACCAGAGCUUCUCACCAGGGCACCAGUCACUGCUGCUGCUGCUGCUGCUGCCACCGGCCCUGAGAGCGGUGAGGUGCGGGUACCCAUGACUGGCGGCCCCGGGGAGUCGAGUGGAGGUGCAUCAUCCAGGAGAUCCAGAGUCAACUCCCACAGCCACUCCCAUUCACAUUCACAUGGACAUAAUCGGGGGCAGCACCACUCCAAUUCAGAGCCGGACCUUGACCCGCCUGACUCUGAUCUGGACUCUGGAGAACCCAGCACCUCCCUGUCUGAGCUGCGCUGUCUGUUCCGCUGGCUCCAAAAGAGCCUUCCUUUCCUCGUCAUACUGUGUGCUAAACUGGUCCUCCAGCAUGCUCUUGGUUUAGCUGUUGGGGUUGGCCUCUUCACAACUUUUUUAUAUGUGAAUAAAAACAUUCAAACUCAAGUCUUUCUUCAGGAUCGACACUCAAAGCUGCAGUGCAUAUGGCUGCUACUCUUCCUCAUCUCUUCCACCCUCCUGCUUUACUACACCUUUUUCACUGAGACACUUUACCACUGCCUCAUCUUCUUCAGUCCAACCAUUGAGUCGCUGGGUUUCUGGGAAAUUCUUUGGGCAGUUGGCGUCACCAAUUUCAUAAUAAAGUUCCUCUAUAUGGGAAUUAAGUGCCUUAUUCUGCUGCUGCCCUCUUCACUGGUGACGUACAGAACCCAGGGCCGGUGGCUGAUGCUGACGGAGGAGCUGGGUCAGGUCCACCAGGCCACAGCACCUGUUCCACUGUGGUUCCGCUACCUGGUCACCUACCAGGAGGCUGACGGUGCCACUGGACUUACACUGGGGGUCCUGCUGGCUUUGCUCUACCUCAUACUGAAGCUUUUAGGGUUGUACGGACAGUCGACAGCUUUACUGAAAACUGUGAGAAUAUUUCUAAUUGGAGAGCAUACAGGCACAGCAGCCACAAGGAGUCAGUGCAACGAGGCAGGAGAUGUCUGCCCGAUCUGUCAGGGAGAGUACAGGGAGCCUCGGGCUUUGCUCUGUCAGCACAUAUUCUGUGACGAAUGCAUCGCUCUGUGGUUUAACCGGGAGAAGAGCUGCCCUCUCUGCCGCACAGUGAUCACAGAGAAGGUUUACAAAUGGAGGGAUGGUGCCACAUCUCCACACCUGCAGAUUUAUUGAUUUCUGAGGCACAGAUUGGGGGGGCUUUUGGGUGCGGAAAAUUGGUAAUAGCUUAUAUGCAAUAUGUGACUUUCCAUGGCUGUCAAACCCCACUGACAAGUAAUGUCGUACACACUGAUUGAUUAGUCAGCUAAGGGCUGGGCUCCCUGCAGGUCGAGGUCACUAAGGACACACGACUUGCGCCUACAGUGGGUCUGUUUCUGGCUCAUGUUCCAGUACAUCCCUACCUGUCCCUCUCACAGACAACUGAAAGUUGAUUAUUUUCACACCCUCAACUAUUUUUUGAUUUUCCUUGUUUCUUUUUGUGUUGUGUUGCCUUCGUUCACAUUAAAUCUUUAAACUUUUUUGAUGGGACAUAAAAUAGUUUUUCUUCCUCAGUUUAUUUUACUUGUAAAUAUGGGAACAUAAAAUAAUUAUAUAAAUAAGUAUUUUAAACCCUUUUUCCUUUAUCAUUCUUUUGACAAAAAGAGCUCGCAACAUGUGAACCCCUUCUUAUUGAGCAUUUUUAAAACCUUUUUGAUUCAGUGUGUAGAAGCCAGCAGCUGCAUACCUCUUACUCAGGAGUCAGUGCUGGCAAAACGUUGAUUCCGAUGUAUUGUUCAGUUUGAAAAUAAAUGAGUGGAAGGCUGACACACUACACAAGCUUUUAGGAAGCACAGUAUGGUGACAUGAGGAUGGACAGGGCAGGCUAAAGAAUGGAUGUUUGCUCUCUGCUUUCAGCUUUUUGGACUGUAUUUUUCAUGAAUGAAAAUGAUGCAACUGAGCUUGAAAUUGAUUUACACGUAAAUUAUUUUCUAUAGGGGUGACAUAGCCCCAUUUUUGUUAAACCAAAGAACGGGAGAAACAUCUAUUUUAUGUAUGAAAAUCAUUUCACUGUUAUUUUUAUCCAUUUAGAUCCAUAAACUAUCUGAAUAAAGAUCUACAUUUA